AUGGAAAUAUCAAAUAAAAAUGAAGAAGAGAAAAAAAAAAAUAAAAAUAAAAUCUUAGUAUGUGGACUAAUUUCUGGGAUACUCACAAAAACGCUGUUUGCCCCCUUCGAUCGUAUAAAAUUGUUUUAUCAAAUCCAACCUAUGUUCAAUCAAUAUAAAAAAGAGGAAAAAAUAAAUAUAGAAAAAGAGAAACAAAAUUACCAUAAUAAAAAAGUGUCAAUUCUUAAUCAUAACAUUAUUUUAAAAAAAAAAAGUAAUGUAGAAAAUAAAUUAAAAUCAAAUAAUGAACCAGAUUUAUACAUUAGCAAAAAUUAUGAAAAAAAAAAAUUACCAUACAAUUUGGUGAAAAGACAAAAUGUAGUGUUUCUUAAUUUUAAAAAAAAAAUAAAUUCAUUGAAAGGAAUAAAUAAAAGUAAAAACAAAAUAAACAAUAAUAAUAAUAAUUAUUAUUAUUAUUAUAAUUAUUGUCGAGCGACAAAAAAUCAAAAUGCAAAGCAUGACUUUUUUUCAACAUAUAUCAAAAAGGUUGGUAAGAAAAAUACAAAUAAGUAUAUUCCAAGUUAUUAUAAUAUUUAUAAUAGCCCUCAUAAAAUGUGUAAAAAAAUCCUACUUAAUUAUUAUCCAAACAUAAAUCAUAUUAAGCAUAAUAUGAAUCAUAUAAAAAAUCUCAAACUUGUAAACAAAAAUUAUAAAAAUCUAUAUGGUAAUAGAAAUGAUAAUAUAACAUACAAUUGGGGGAAGCAAAUAAAAUCUAUUCCAAGAUCAUAUAUUAAAAAUCAACAAUCAUCAAUAAAAUAUCGAAAUAUUAUACAAAGUUUUUUUUUUAUUAUAAAAGAAGAAGGAGUUUUAGGCUUAUGGAAAGGUAAUUUUGUUAAUACCAUAAGAGGUGGAAUUGUAUAUUCAGCUAAAUUUGGAACUAAUGAUAUAAUCAAAGACAAAUUAAAAAAAUCCAAAAUAAAAGAAAAAAAAAAUAUUUAUAAUAAUAUGGAUACACAAGAGACUUAUCAAAAUAAUAAUAAUAAUAAUAUUUCAACAAACAAAAAUAAAAAUACAUUUAAUUAUUAUGAAAGUAUAACAGCUGGAUAUAUUUCUGGAAUUAUACAAAAAACUGUUUCAUAUCCAUUAGAUUUAUUAAGUAUUCGUAUGGCUUUAGGUGUGAAUGAAAAAUAUUUAACAAAUAAUUCUGAUACUUUAUAUAAAAAAAAAUCACUUAUUAAAAUGAUAUAUGAAAUUAUACAAAAAGAAGGAUUUUCGGGUUUCUAUAAAGGAUAUAUUCCAACAUUAUUAACAGGAGUACCAUAUGUUACCUUACAAAUGUUAUUCUUUGAUUUUUAUAAAAAUUUAUUCCAAACAUAUUCAUCAAAUCAUUAUAAUAAUAUACCUACAUUAGCUUUAUAUUCAUCAUUAGCAGGAUCAUUAAGUAAUCUAACGUCACUUAUUAUUGUUUUUCCAGGUGAUACUGUAAGAAAAAGAAUGAUGAAUAAUGGUAUUGAUAAUAAAAAUUAUAUUUAUAAAAAUACAAUACAUUGUAUAAAAAAUAUUUAUUAUGUUGAAGGAAUUAGAAAUUUCUAUCAUGGAUUAUUUCCAUCAAUGUUAAAAUGUAUACCUUCAGGUGCUAUACAAUUUAUGUCCUAUGAAAUAUUAAAGCAUCUCGUCUCAAAAAAUUAA